AACACAGUAACCAACAUAUCGUACCGAUUUUCAUGCAAUCAUCCACUUGAUCACCACCACGCAUAAUUGAGCCAUCAAUCUCGAACUUAGAAUGAAUUUACCAAGUUUUAUUAUAUUCGUUUUUAUUGCAGGGAUCAUAGCUAGUCCUGUGCCUGCGAAGUCAACCCCUCCAGUUGUGACGAAAGUAGCGACUCCAAAAUGCACCGGGAAAAACGAAGUGUGGUCAGACUGUGGAACAGCGUGUCCACCAACUUGUACCACACCUCCCAAUACGAUGUGCAUAGACAUGUGUCAAUCAGGUUGCUUCUGCAAAAGUGGCUACGUCCGAAAUAAAUCGGGAGGAACCUGUAUACCUCAGUCAAAGUGUUGAUUUGUAGAGCCUACUUCCUAGCUGAAGGUACCCUAAAUAAACGUAUUCAAGAAAUAAUCGAGGGUGUAUUGCUUGUUGUUUAAGAGAAAGUGGAAAUGAUCACUGCAUAGCUCGCGGUCCCCAAAUCAUGAUAGAGUAGAUCAAAUCCGCCUCGGGUACUCCCGGCGUAUUCUUUCCCAGUAGUGUUAAAGAAACGCAUGCUGACGCCGUAGUGGCCCAGUCAUUCACGUCAGCUUGUGCCAUUUCAGGAUAAUGUCUCUUACUAAAAAUGGGGUCGUUGAGCGGUGUGACAUGGUAAACUUCUAGUGAAUGAUGUAGUUAGCCAAGGAGGGAAGUCGGGUCAUGAGGAAACCACCUCGUAC